AUGUUGAGUAAUAUUGCUCGCCGUGGUUUCGCCUCGACAACUGCAACUGCGAGACUCGCAGCCCUCAGGCAGCUCAUCAAUACCAAAGCGCCUAAUGAUGGUGUUAUUCGCGCUAUGGAGGCGCACUCAGGCCUCUCCGCGAUGAUAGUUGAACAGACUCGAGCUCACAGGCCUGAUGGUUCGGAGGCUAAGUUUGAUUGCUUAUGGUCCUCUUCACUGACCUCGAGUACGCUGAAGGGAAUGCCUGAUAUCGAAACGGUUGAUACCACCCAGAGACUGCAGAUUGUCGAGGACUGUCUUGAUGUAUCAUCGCUGCCUAUGAUCUACGAUGGUGAUACUGGUGGAGAGGCCGAGAUUUUCCGCUUCACAGUGAAGAAGUUGGAGCGCCUUGGUGUUGGAGCUUGUGUGAUUGAGGAUAAGACUGGACUCAAGCAGAACUCCCUCUUUGGCACAGAGAGGAAGCAGCAACUGGCUGACGUUGAUGAGUUCUGUGACAAGUUGGCCGCUGGUAAGGAUGCUCAGGUCACCAACGACUUUAUGAUCUUCGCUAGAGUUGAGGCAUUGAUUGCUGGUCUAGGACAGGAAGAGGCUAUGCGCCGCGCCACAGCAUACCUGGAGAAGGGAGGCUGUGAUGGUAUCAUGAUCCACUCUAGGCAUAAGGAUCCUCAGGAAAUUUACGAGUUCCUUAAAGUAUUCCGUGAGCAAUAUCCUGAUAAAGUCAAGACGCCGAUCAUCCUAGUGCCUACUAGCUACAACAGUGUACACGAGUCUGAGCUAGCCGAACAUGGCGCGAAUAUUAUUAUUCAUGCUAAUCAGCUCAUCAGGGCGGCUUAUCCUGCCAUGAAAAAAGUGGCAACUGAGAUCCUGACAGCUGGCCGUUCCCAGGAGGUGGACGGCGAGAUUAUGCCCAUAAAGCAGGUGAUAAGCUUCAUCGACGAUAACACUGGUAAUGGCUUUAAAAUGAGUCACACUGCGUGA